AAUUAUAUUGGUUAGGUUGGCAACCGAGUGCUACUGUGCAACGUGAUGGUUAUCAAGCUUGGGCAAAUUAUGUCUUUUCUCCAAAUUUCUAAUGUCUGAUGGGUCUGGUGAAAAGAUAAAAAAGUUCGUAUUCAAAACGAAAAACCCAAUAAUCGACGGGAGCACGCCGGAAACCCUUGAAGUCAUUAUUCCAGAGCUGCUACAAGCGAGCUACAACUUCUACACGUGGCCAUCUGCACCGGUUCUCGCUUGGUUCCUGUGGGAACACCGUCGAGAGCUGCCAGGCAAACGAGUCCUCGAAAUCGGCGCAGGCACUAGUCUACCCGGCAUCGUCGCCGCUAAGUGUGGGGCCGAAGUCACCUUGUCUGACUGCGCCAGCUUGCCACGCAGUCUUCAGCACUGUCAGCGAGUUUGUGACGUAAACGGUCUAACCGGACGAGUGCGUGUCAUUGGACUGUCCUGGGGCCUCUUCCUGCACAACUCGUUCAACCUUGGGCCGGUCGACCUGAUCCUUGGCUCUGACUGCUUCUACGAGCCUUCCCUCUUCGAGGACAUUUUGGUAACUGUUUCCUUUUUGCUCGAGAAAAACCCGCACGCCAAAUUUCUGUGCACCUAUCAAGAGAGGAGCGCAGACUGGUCGAUUGAUUAUUUACUGAACAAGUGGGGUUUGCGGUGUGAGGACAUUCCGCUGACCACUCUAGGAGCUGAGUCGGGCAUCGACGUGCACGAGUUGAUGCAAGAUCACACCAUCCACCUGCUCGAAAUCGCCAAGUCGUGA